AUGAACUGGUUUUGGAAGAAAGCUCCGGAGGAGAAGAAAGUAAAGUCGGCGUACGAUGAUUAUGUUACUCCCCCGCCCUUUGGAAAUUACCUUGCGUCUGCGCCCGAGAAACCCAAGUCGUUAAAAAGUGAAAAACCUGCUGUAACCGAAUUCAAGGGGUUUAGCCCUCCCCCUAAAUUUGAAUUUAAGGAAGAUACCUCAGCGAGUGAUAAAUAUGAUGAGGAUUUUUCAAAAUAUACAAAAAGUAAUUUUAUCGAUUCUUCUCUUUAUGAUGAUAAACAAAAUUUAUUUGAUUUUAAUUUGAGCCAUCGGACAAGGGCAUGUUUGGAGAGCGUAAAAAUGGGGGUCAAGAUGGGCACGAUGGUUGGAGGAAUCUUCGGAAGCUUAACAGGUUUAUAUGCCUCCUUUGCACACAAAAAUCUGUUCAUUCUCCCCGUUUCGGUCAUUGGAGGGGCUGUCAGCUUUGGCUUCUUCCUCGGCUGUGGGAUGAUCGUUCGUUGUUAA